AUGAAGUCCUCGCUGGUCAUUCUGCUGCCACUACUUCCCUUCACAUUGGCUCUUCACUGCUGGAAGGACACCAAGGCCUGCAACCCUGAAGCGCGCCUCUACGACUCCAAAUGCGACAUCGCCAAGAACCGCAUCCCAGAUCUUCGCCUUUUUCAAAAGGACAUCGUCGGGUUCUGCUAUUCGGAUGAAGAACCCCAACUUUGUCAAAAGUGGGAGGAUUAUUAA